UAAUGGCGGUAAGUGCAAACACUGGCAUAUCAACAAAAUUCUGCGUGUCCGUAUUAACACGGAUUCCUAUUGGUAACGCACGUUUAGACCAGACAUAACUUUUGAAAAGGCCAUGAUGUCUUCCAACACAACAACCUGCGUUUCAACAGAGGAAGAGGAACGGAUGUUUGAAUAUGAGACACAGCAUCUGGGCUUCACUCCAAAGGCUUUCUGCAAUGGAGUAUACAAUGCAGCACUUGAAUACAUCCAGAAAGCUAUCCAAGAAAUGGAGACUUACCUGUCGGAGGAGUACAGUACAGUAAUGACACCGACACAAAUCAAAGAAGCUUGUGAAGUGAUUCUAUCUACCAUGGUCAGUAAGUUGGACAAGAACUUCGACAUAAUAGAGACCUAUUUGACAAAGAAUGUGCUGACCAUACCAGAUAAUGUGUUGCUCCCUGAGGAUAAGGCCCAAGCAGGAGAGACCUACUCGGCAGAACAGGAGGACGUCCUUGACACAGAGAUACAGGAUCUUAAGGACAAGAUUCUGGCGUUGAAGUAUGCUAACAGUAAACUGAAGCAGGAGAUGAACUUGAUAGAUAUUGUCCAGGCCCGCUUUGACCAGGCACAAAAACAGCUCCAAAGACUGGACGACAUCAACUCAGACUCUGGAGUUUCAGAUAUGAAGGACUGUCUAAUGUUUACAUCACAGAAGGUGUUAGAAUUAGUGUCCAAAGUAAAAGCCAUGCAGGUCAAGGACAAGUCCAGUACCAUGGAAACAGACCCAAGAGACAGACACACCCACAAAUCCAGUACCAUGGAAACAGACAAGAGAGACUGACACGACAACAAGUGUAGUACGACGGAAACAGACAAGAGAGACUGACACAACCACAAGUGUAGUACCAUGGAAACAGACCCAAGAGACAGACACACCCACAAAUCCAGUACCAUGGAAACAGACAAGAGAGAUUGACACGACAACAAGUGUAGUACCAUGGAAACAGACAAGAGAGACAGACACAACCACAAAUCCAGUACUAUGGAAACAGACAAGAGAGACUGACACGACAACAAGUGUAGUACGACGGAAACAGACAAGAGAGACUGACACGACAACAAGUGUAGUACAACGGAAACAGACAAGAGAGACUGACACGACAACAAGUCACGUGUAGUACAACGGAAACAGACAAGAGAGACAGACACAACCACAAAUCCAGUACUAUGGAAACAGACAAGAGAGACUGACACGACAACAAGUGUAGUACGACGGAAACAGACGUGACAGAAUAAUUUGUUUGUUGAGAAACACCAGGAAUGCCAAUACCCAAUGUUCGUGCUGCAAAGUGCUGUAUAAGUGAAUCUUGUGACAUGUUUCUGUAAUUUUGUGCAAUAGAUAUAUAUUUUUUCACAUUU